AUGUUGACGGCGGCCAUGACGCCAGGCAUCGGUAGCGAACGCGAAACCACCGACGAGCGCGGUGCAGCCAUGAUGGAGCCUCACCCUCAACUAGAGACAACGCCGCCCAAGACAAAUUCGCCCAAAGCACGGUCUCUCUCGGACAGCACGCCCCGUCUUGAGCCCUCUCCGAAGUUCCGCGAACCCGCACGCAUGUCCAAAGAUGACCAAACUAUCGUGGCCAGCCCCAGUACACCGCGGAGACCAGACUUCCUCUCGCGAGGCCUGUCUUUGCAAAUGCCCCCUCGAGAGUCGCCUAUGCCCAGUCCCGCACACUUCGCCGCUCGUGUGCCCCUCUCUCCGCAGCUAGAUUCACGCAACACCUACGCAUCGCCUGCCUCUGUGCUGCCCCGACGGUCGCGCGGUGCUGAGUUCUCGAGAGCCUGCACCAACCUCCACCACUCGACGCUUCCCGAUCAGUCUUCGCCCGAUUCUUCGCCGACCAUCACGCAGAAAGGCAUCAAAAUACCGCCGCGGAAGCCUCGCUCCAACUCUAUGCUGCUUGACUCGCCGAAUGUGAGCUUGCAAGGCGGAUGGAGUCAUGGCGAUAGAACCGCUCCUUCAAGCUCGGUCGGUAGCAUCAACAUGAUGGGCUCAGAGGACUCCAGUAGCUCUUCGGACGAGGUGGAUCCGCUGGAUCCUGAGGACAAUGACGACCCCAUGAUCAUGACUCCACAGGCCAAGACCAAUACUCUCUUUCCGGGACUAAAUACUGGUAGUAACGGCGUCUUUACAAACCUCUUCUCACCCGGCGGACAGCCCAACUUUGCAAGCAUGCAUCGAGCGAGAUUGCGCAAGAGUCGAAGUCGAAAGAGCUCAAGUUCAGCCAGUGGAUAUAGCUCAAUGGCAAGCCCUGGGCCAGCGUCACCGCCAAACGGCAAAGAGACAGGCUACUUUGCGCGAGAGGCGGCGAUGCGGAAAGCCGGUUCGCGACGAGAGAGCCUCUCGCUCUUUGCCAACGAUCUUCACAUCUCAUCUGGUAAUGACAGCGGCGAUGAGGGCGGUAAUAUGCCCCACACUCCGGGUGUCGUGAGACGGGUGGUUUCACGGAGGGGCAAUUUGCUGCCCAAGUCAAGACAGUUUGGUCGCAUCAGAGCUGAGCUGUUCGAAGAAGCUGCUCCUGUUGAUAGCGAGUUCCGCCGCGAAGCUGAGAUUAUCCGGCAAGUGAGAGAAAGCGACACGGAUUUAGAACGACCUUCAGGCACCGCGCAAUCGUCACCCAACUUGCUGCCUACAGUUCCAGGCCUAGAUGGACCACUUGAGGGCGUGCCAGAGGAGGGCAGCGAAAGCAACAUGAGUCUAGAUGGAUCGACGUCCACCAAGGGGCUUUUCGGUGCAUUCGGCAGUCUACACAGUGGUCGCAACUCGGUCAGCACCGGCUUCUGGGGUUCACGCGCCGCACACACUCCCCCACCAUCCUUCCCUCGCGCGGAAUCAUCCGCGAUGAGCGAAGACAUGAAUAUGGAUUCGCCUAGUAUAGGCGGUGGGGCAUCUCGAGCGUCCACACCAGGUGCAAUGCAGCCUCCCACAGCGGCCGAAGCCUUGAAGAAGUCGAACAAACGCCGGCGAGACGACGACUUUGACGAGGCUUCAAUCAAACGUCGUGCAGUUUCACCGGGUGUCAGCGCUCACGGCAGCCCAGUCAUCUCGCAAUCUCCCGCGCAGAGGGACAGCAGUCUGUGGGGCACGAGCACUAAAGCCAGCCGAGAGACGUCGAUAAGCGGUCAAUCACAUGGUGAACGUUCAAACAGUGGAGGCAGCAUGAGCAUGACGCCGACAUUGGGCCCGAAGCGGAUAGGCCUGCAGGGUAUGACCGAUACCAACGAUGGGCUGAUGAAGAUGAGCAUCGAGUGA